CUCGCCGGGUCACAGCACAGCGACGUUGAAUUUCACGGCGGAGCAAGCGGCUACUAUGGGCCGGGAGGCGCUGGACAAUUUCGUGGAUACCGGAGCACAGGACGUCGUUGAUAACCGGAGACCACCUGAUAUGACCACGCUGGUUGAAGAUAUGGAAGGCGUCCAGUUCCAUCCAGCUCAGCUCGUCAAGUACACGGAGUCAGCCAGUUUCACGGCCAAAAUACCAGUCAGCUCGGCAGCUGCCAGAGGUCUCACCGCACCAGUUGUGGUGUCCCUGCUGUACUACGACGAUGUGAGAGACCACUUGGGACAACCGGCACCAGCGGGAUACCCCGUCGUGUGCGUUCCGCCGUGCGACCCUCAUCACCCAGGCUUUGCCACUCUGGGUGCCAGCUGCAAGGGAUCCACGAGGAGCGGUCCUCCGAGCAGCCUCCUGUACACGUGGGAGGCAGCAGCUACGGACGACGACGGGUCGGUCACAUUUGAGCCCAUCUCCCGGGAGACGCCCUUUGCAGCCGUGCAGCAUCGGGUCCUCGACAGUAUGUACCUCUCGAGCGGAUCUACCGUAAGGUGCAUCGUUCAGGAAACACGAGACGCCUUUGGUCACCGACAGACUUUCAGCGACCCUGUGGUUAUCAGCAGCUCUGAAGGUAUAUGCGUCGGUGACAAGCAGCAGGGGCAGGACGUCACUGCCACCAUGGAAUACCUGAACGGCACCGGUCCCACAGCACAACCUGGUCGCUUGCGCAUUACUGUUCACAUAAGGCACAGAGACUUCAUGCUCCCUCUGGUCUCAACCCAUCCACUACCCAGCGCCGAGCAACUCUUCGGGAACGUUGUUUCGCAGAAGCAGCACGUCUGCUCCAAUAUAGCCGGCCGCGGAGACCAUGGCUUGGCGUUUGCUGCCUUCAUGAAAUCUGCGACUGGUGCUUCUGGAACAGGAGAGGAGAGGCCUUAUCAAAGUGACUCAACGAUCCGCGGUUCUUCUGCUGUGUCGCUGUACCAACACCUCGAUCUGGACCGUUGCCUGUGGACGUUUGAGGCCGUCAUUUCUCUGAAGGACGCAGUUGGCAUUUGUGGCGGUGCCCUGCUUGACGACUUCAAGGAGCCCGAGUCGCACCGGCGGUUUGUCACGGCACGGCUACCGCUGUACGUGACGCUGGCUUUUCCGGUAUUUGGCACAGCCUUGGGAGAUGCGGCCCCUCGAUGGACGAGCGUGGAGCGGCGCUCGCAGCUGGAGCUGAGCUUUGCGUAUGGGCCAGCUAUGUGGUCCGAACGGCCUCUGGGCACGCGAGCCACCCCGAAGGCGAAAGUUUCGGUGACUAGGGUGUCGCUAGCUCGCGAUGGCAGGCUCAGCGUGCACUUGCUCUCCAAAGCGCUCUUCCACGGCAUGUUGGCGCUGAACCACACGAUCAAGAAACACGUCCGGGGCCGAUUCCUAAAGACGGCGUCCGGGGACUCGGGCCGCUACUCGCUCACCUUGUUGUGGGCGGAGCCAUCGUUUGAUGCACCGUCGCAGCUCUGGAAAGCCGUGUCUGAACACAGUUUCAAGGACUACUCGGGUCUUCACGAGCUGGAACUUGUGCCAUGCGUUGCCGCGCCAACACAGGAGUACAGAAUUCCUCCAGAGGACUUCUGCACGUCUCUUGAACCACUGAGGUUCGACGUCUCAGUGUCGGCUCCUCAGCCCAUCAAGGCCCUCAACGGGGCAGUCUAUAACAUGGGCACAGAGUUCCAGUUGCUCAGUAGCAAAGAGGAGUUCCUCUCCGAUCCCAGGGACUUGCGCCACGGAUUGGGAGACGUCGACGAGAGGCGCAUCUUCUUCAGAGGGGAAACGCUGUUCGGUCGCGUCUUGUGGAAUCCCUUGGAAGAGCUCAGCGCCAGUCUGCGCAUCGACCAAGUGUACCUGUGCGCAGGAAAGGCAGGCUUCACGCCUAGCUUCGACCCAACGGGCCACGAGCUUGCACGAACACCCAGUUUUGGCUGCGUGCAGCCCAGCCCGAACCUCGAACACCGUUUCCUCAUUCUGGACCGCAGCAAUCCAGACCACGUCCAUGACUCGGUGGCGGGAGUGUCUUUCAAGGCCAAACUUGCCGAAGAGGAUUCGCUCACCAGCCGGUUACGGGACUACCCGGGAGUUGACGGAUUCUCCAUGCUGGUCGACCCUCUGUACGAGACGCCAUCCGGCGGUCAGUGGUACUUGCAGGUGCUGUAUUCGGUCGUGCCCCACGGAAGAGGCGGACAUCGUCACCGCCGAGAGAUGACGGGGACUUCACCGAGCAACGAGACAGCAACUGCGACCGACGUGCACUCCUUCCGCAUAAGCCACAAGUCGCGUCGAGACGGUGCCGCUUCCACUGGCACAGUGCUAGCAGCAGGGAGCUCAGCACUAUUCGUGCUGCUCCUUGGCGGCUGGACCGCAUACCGUUGCCGCCGAGCAGUCGUCGCAUCACCUGCAGCCACAAGCGCUGGCUCGCGAAAUGGCGGUCACUAUGCCUUUCUGUGCGGCCAUCAUCAUCACUACCACCACUGCCGCCAUUACAAUGCAUCUUCGCCCAGCGUGCGAGGAGUGCGUGUUCUGACAUGGCCUCCCGAGCUAGACACUGUGCGCCUUGAUGCCACUGAAGUGUGACAUUUAGUCGAUCAAAUCCUAUGAAGGCGAUGCACAACCUUUCGUCCCCUACAGUGAAAAUGGAAACUGCCCUCAUUGCAUGCGCGCGCCGUUGGACUCCAGCAAGUUGAAACUGUAGCCUCCGUUCACGUGCAUCGCAUACGUUUUCAAGACAAUCACACGUCAUUGUUCGUGUGGGCGGCUGUUGUCGUCAUGGGUGUGUGU